UCUGUUUUUUCUUUACCUCAGCAACAAACGGUCAGUGGACAAUCCUGACACCGUGAGCAACAAGACAGUGCCUGUGAUGAGCUAACCUGGCAGUCAACUGGACCCCUGCGGCAAGAUGGCCUUCUUCAAGACCUUUCAGCAGAACCUUCCGUCCGUCAGCAUUUCCUCCAUCUUGGACUCGGUCAGCAGUAAAGUGGACGUCCUGGCCAACGCCGUCAGCGACGUGACGUACGCCGUUAGCGACCAGCUGACCGAGCAGGUCAACACCAUCAUCAACAAGGUCCAGGAGGAGGAGGACGGAGAGCAGGAUUGGGCGCAGACGUCCACCACGCAGGACGGGAAAGCUGCGAGUAGAAGUUUGUGGCCGGAAACGAGUUCAAACUUGAAAAACAACCCAAGCGGUGACGCCGCCGAGGCGGACUGCGAGCAAAGCCAGCUGGAGUGGGAAUGGAGAGACGGAUGCUGGCGGGUGAAGAAGACUGCAGCCGAGUUAGCGGAGGAGGAGAGGAGGAAGAAGGAGGAGAAAGAGUUGCUGGAGAAGAGGGAGAUGAGGAGGAAAGAGAGGAGAGAGAAGCGCUUGGAGAAGGCCGGCGCGACUACGAAAAACCAGGAGCCUUCCAAAGAGGGACAGGAAGAGCAGACAGAAGCUGAUGAAUUAAAAAAAACAGGCCAAGAAGCGAGGCAAGGUGAAGACACAACACAGCCCGGCGGACGCGAAGGGUGUGAUGAACCGCUUCCAUCGUCGGGCGCUGAAAGUGAGACGAUGUUCCCUGAACAGGAGGAGGAAAAGAAUGAACGAGAUGAAGAGGAGAGGUACAGCCUUGAGAGAGAAGGUGACGAUGAGGACAUGCCGGAUGCCUCUAGAACUCAAGUGAAAAAGAAAAAGUUGGAUAAAAAGAAGGAGAAAGCAGCUAAGAAAGCAGAGAAAGAGGCAAAGAAGAAGGAGAAAGGCAGGAAGCACAAGAAGAAAGACAAAAGCAAACAAGAGGCGGUUUUGACAGAAAGCGAGGAGGAAAGAGACCCAGAGCCCAUGGUCCAGUCUGCGACCACCGUGUGCCACAGUAAAAACAAGGAGGCCACAGAACAGGAAGACUACAGCAGUGAGGCCUCCAACGAAGAUGCCGGCCGCAUCCAGAAAUUAAAGAAAGCGCCUUCGCUCACGGAGGGCCAUCCUCCUCCCUAUCAGGACCGGGUCUUGGUGGCCUGCGUGUCUUCCUCCCAUUCCCGAGUCGGCAGGGCGUCAUCCCCUCAGCGCUGCUCCAGUGAGGCCAGCGUGGACCAGGACACGGAGAGCUACCUCAACAAAGGUUGCGAGGAGGACAUACCCAGUGACAGCACUGCUGUGGUGGGGCCUGAGGACAGCUCUGGUCCACCGCUGCCUUCAGCCUACGAACCGGAGCCCCUUGCCAAGUACGGCACGCUGGAUGUGGCCUUCGAGUAUGAUUCCAACGAGCAGUGGCUCGCCGUCACGGUCACCGCGGCGACGGACAUCCCCGCUCUCAAACAGGCGGGCAACAUCUCGUGGCAGGUCCACCUCGUCCUGCUGCCUACCAAGAAGCAGCGGGCCAAGACGGGCGUCCAGAAGGGCCCGUGUCCGGUUUUCACCGAGACGUUCAAGUUCUCUCGAGUGGAACAGGAGGUGUUGAGCGAUUGUGCCGUUCGCUUUCGCCUGUACAGCAUCAGAAGGAUGAAAAAAGAGAAGGUCCUGGGUGAGAAGGUGUUCCACCUCACCAAGCUAAACCUGCAGGGGAAAAUCGCUUUGCCUGUCACCCUCGAGCCUGGAUCGGAACUUACAGGUUGUGGCUCAAUGGUGAGCGUGUCCCGUAGCGCAGGGGUCGUGUCCUAUCGCUCCACCGAGGACUCGUCCUCGCCAGAAAUCCUCCUGGGACUCGUGUACAAUUCUGCCACGGGACAUCUGUCCGCUGAGGUGAUCCAGGGGAGCCAUUUUAAAAGUACAGCAUCCGAUAAACCCGUCAAUGGUCUGUUUUGUUGUUUAAAGCAUUUCGUUGGGGGACAGCUUUAUAUCAUGAGAGACACUUACGUGACGCUGACCAUGCUGGACUCCAAAGGCAAGGAGAUGUCCAAGUUCAAGACGGCGGUAUGCCGUGGGCAGCCCAGCCCCUCCUACAAAGAAACCUUCGUCUUCCAGGUGGCGCUCUUCCAGCUGACUGACGUGUCACUGGUUCUGUCCGUCUUCUGUCGCCGCAGCAGCAUGAGGCCUCGGGAGCGCCUGGGCUGGGUCUCCUUGGGCCACAGCAGCACCGGCGAGGAGGAAUUGGCCCACUGGACCGAGAUGAAGGAGGCUGAGGGCCAGCAGGUGUGUCACUGGCACACCCUCACCGACACAAAGGGCCUGAUUUACUGAGUGUCCUGAUUGACUGGAGGUUUAUGCAAGCAGGAAUGGGCGCAAACCUAAUUGCUCACGCAAACAGAUGUGGAAGCCGAGCUUCUAACUGGGGGCACCCAGGAACGCGUGUGCCAAACACACAAAAUUGCAAUUUGAAAUGCCAGAAACAAAAAUUAUCGUGACCUAUUGCCUAUUCAGCAAUGCAAUUUUGGAGCUACUGAAUGAUCUAUGGACUCAUGUCAUAUAACCUAUGACAAAACUCCUUUCAACUCCGCAUUUCCUUGCAUCUGGGUCAUUUUGAGCUCACUGUGACAAUUGGUUCUGGACUCUGCCGGAGCAGUUUUCUGGGUGUCGAUCGUGCAUAUGAUGCCCACUAACAGUGCGCGCAAUCUGUUAGCGUGAGGGCGCAAUUUAGUGCCUGCUAUUUGGGAUCUUUGUAAAUCUGGCCCAUAUUGUGGGGAAAAAAGUGGUCAGGACACCUCAUGCUGUAGGAGGCAGAUGCUACCUGUUGAGACCUUGUGGGUGGAAAUUUUGAGAUCCUGAAGCAGCCAUGAAGAAGGAAAGUGACGUUUACUGUCAAUAUAAAAAUAGAACACAGCCCUGUUAAAAGACAAGAUUUUUUUUUUUUUUUACUGGCAUGGGAAUUACAGAGUAGCUUUGCCAUACAGUCACAUAGUGAUAGUAUCACAAUACAGGGAUUGUCCAUCCAUCCAUUUUCAGUUUUCACAUGAAAGGACCCAUUGACACCCAUGUGAUGAAUCAGUGUGUGUCAGGAAGAUGUAAAGGCCGGAGAAAACCACACAAUGAAAUGUCAAAGCGGAGAUUUCAACUCAGAACCGCAAUGCUGUGAGUCAGAUAUGAUAACCACUCACUCACCGUGCUGCCCAAUGCAUAUUAUUUCCCCGUAACAUGCCAUUGUAAGGGGAUUGCAAUGAAUCAGGGAAAAAAAAAACAAACUUGUAUUUCAACAGGGUCAUGUGUUCCCGUCAAUACUACACCAUCACGCCUGCAGUAAUUUGCAUGCAGUCUGCAGCAACCGUUUACAACGUGAAGAGCCUUUCCACGCGGCAUAAAAAGACAUUUUCGCUCUUGGUACCUUUGGGAAGCCAAGAGCUUGGAGCGGGCGGGCUCCUCCUUUUGCAGCCACCAGCAUAGCAGACACUCUGCGGGUCACAGACAUUGACAAGCAAAAACACUUUGACUGUUUAAAAAGAAAAAAAAAGGGCCUAUCCUACAUGCUGCAACGAUGUUCACAGGCUGUGCUUUGUUUACAUGCAUUAUGCAAGAUCAUCCUUUUUUUAAUCAGUCAAGAGGUUUACCGGAUUUCCACAAAGACCUCGUAAAACUGGCGCCACAUGAUGCAAAAGGAAGUGGAGUCAAACCAUGUCCCUGCAGUCUUCCAGAAUUGGGCACAGCUGCUCGGUGAGGGUUAUUCAAGUGCAGCUCGUCUUCUCGUGUCAAAACACACUGAGCCUCUUUCACCAGUCAGCCUUGACAAGUGGGCCGAGUCCAUUCAUGCGCACAUGCGGCACGUUCUGCGGAGAGAUAGGCAAACUGCCGUGUCGGCGGCAUCGUCUUAUUUCCUCAUUCCGAGCGAAAAGACUGCGUAUCGGGAGGGAGAAAGGAUGCUGGUAUUUAGUGGAACCUCCAAAGUCAAACAACCCCAAAUUGGUACAAAAUUCUAAUCAUCUCAAGAGACCUGGGCUUAAAGUAGCGGUGGGAAAAAUUCUGUGUACAAGUAGCCAGCCACAUUUGAUGACAAAAAAAAAUAAAUAAAA